AUGGAGGAUGGUGAGGUAUCCGAGACUGAGGUUCCUGCUCCCAAUCUCGCGCAAAACCAGGUGGAAGAGUUGGAGGAAGGCGAACUCGCGGAAUCCGAGGUGCACUGUGCCGAAGUGGCCGAUGCCGGGGAGGCUCUUCCGGAUUCGGCGUCCACGGCAAGCAGUCCGCCCCGGCAGCGAUCCGCGGAGAAUCAGAGGCUGCCGCACUUCGGAAGCGCCAGCAUGUGCGACGAGGAAACCGAUGCAGAGCGUGAUGGGCUGGAAGUUGCAGCAGCAGAGGACGUCCAGGUGCCGGACUUUGAUGGCUGGCAUGGUUGGACCGUUGUAGCAACGACGGAAGGACGGCUCUUCUUUUUCCACGAGGGAAUGCAACUCUCGCAAUGGCACCAACCACCUGAGUUGGAUCCCAUUCUGGGCGUUUGGACGGAGGCACGCGAUGAGACGCAGCUGACCCGUCCUCGUUUUUGGAGGAACGACCUGCUCAAGAUAUCUUUGUGGCGGGACCCUCGGGAAACUUCCAACAUCUACCAGGCGGCCAUGGACGGCAACAUCUUCUUUCUCCAGCUCUUCAGUCAGGUGAGUGGAGAACUGGACUGCGUCGACCACCGUGGCUGCAGCGCGCUCCACUAUGCCGCCGCCGGAGGGUCCGCGCCCAGCGCGCUCUUCUUGCUGCAGCGCUCCGCUAUGGUGGAUCGAACUGACAUCACCCUCACGACGCCUUUGAUGCUCACGUGCCGAUACGGCUUCCCUGUGGUGCUGAAGGUGCUGCUCGACGCUCAGGCCAAUCCCAACCUGGCGGACAACGAUGGUCAGGUACCCUUGCACCAGGCUGCCGAGCUGGGUCAGCUGGACUGCCUGAACCUUCUGCUACUUUGCGGGGCACAGGCACAGCAACGCAACGUCCACGGUGAGACCGCCCUGGCAAUCGCGCAGAGGCACAGGCACAUGCACUGUGUCACCUUGCUUCGUCGACAUCGACACUCAGCUCUGGAUGGGAGGCAACACGAAGGGGCUUGCGCCAGUCCGCGAGGACUGGCACCUUCUUUUCCUGGUGCUCCUCUGCCACGAAAAGUCGCAGAGCUCCAGCAGAAGAAGGCAUGGAACCCGAAUUGCAGCAUGCAGCAUUUCCCCGGGGAGAUCGUGCAGAACAGUGAUGCGGCGGCGCCCUGGGAUCUUCCCUACCAGGAGGCUGGCGCAGGGAGCUUUGUCGAGUACCCGAGCAGGUACAGCAGCCCGGGGAUGCCCGAGGCGGACACCAGUGGCUCUGAGGAGGAGGACAACUCUCCGUCAUUUUCAUCACGCAGCCGUUCCCGACAGCAGUGGCAGCAGAGGGAGUCGGGGGAAGAUGGCCUUUUUUCCCGCCUGCGCCGGAGGCUCUUCCCUAUUCGCGCCGACCUGGGGAUGCCAAACCAGUAUCGCUUCAAUAUGGCGACGCAGCAGUGGGAGCUGCCUCCGGAGUGGGAGGCGUACUUGCAGCCCGGCUGA